AUAUUUGGGUAUUUUUCACUUGGACGCACACGGCCAAGUAGUUAGGACAAAUUUAAGUCCUUUGGACGAAUUUUGUUCCUAGUUUCUAAAUAGCUGUGAAAAAAUCAGUUCUGACAAUGAAGAAUCAGAUUUUGUUUGCGUUUCUGUUUGGAUUGAAUAUACUCUACUACGUAGAAGCAUAUCCAACUCAACAUGAACCAGCCGACAAUACCGUCUACAGCAUCAAGCACUGCAUCAAAAUGACCCCCGAAAACGAGGACAAAGUGAACAACAUCGUCGUAAAAAUCAGCGACUUUCUGUACAAUCUGACAGUCGAGUACGAUGACAUUGACAUACGCCUGCUAAAGAUCAUCAUCGAAGGCCAUUCAGACAACGAAACUGAGGAAAAAGACACUCAAGUCAAACUGUUGGUUAACGACUGCGACCACGUCCAAGAAUUCGCCGAUGCUGAAGCGUUAGAAGAAAUGAUUAACCAGCAAACCGACGAAGAAGAUAUUUACGAGAAAACUGGAUCGGUGGAAGUCGAUGAUCAGCCGGAUAGUCCAAGUGAUGAUUCUAACGAAUUACAAUUCGAUGACGACAUCUUCAAUUUCACGCAGCUAAAUGAUGAUGCUUCUAAUAAUGCUACCAAUGAUAAUGACGGCAACAAUGAUGUCACAUCUAAUGUAGAUCAAGCACAGAAUGUUACAGCAUUGACUGACAAUUCUGCAGUAGACGUUGAAGGAAUUCCACCAACUUCUGAAGCAAAUUAUGAUGUAAAAGGUCCAGUUUUAGUUCGAUUGGAUUUAGACAAGAAGGGAAAUAAACUGGUCAAAGGAACUCAAAAGAAGAGAGGAGAGCAUGUUCCCCUCUUGCUCUAUAUCCAAAAAGUUUUGGGCAACACAGAAUACUUGUUCGGUAAUUAACCUAAAUUAAUAAGAGAUGGUCCAAAAAAUAUAGAACUAAUUACUAAUUUAUUACUAAUAUUGCAAAAAGUAGUAAAAAUCUCAAUAACUUUUUUGAUACAAACUUUAUCUUUUUACUUCUCAUUGAUUUCGACAUGAAGCUUUCGGUGGGGUAAAAUGUGCUUUAUAAUGAAACUACUGACCCAUUUAUUUAGUCCAAAUCGAUUCUGGGCGUUUGUUUCUGUGGACCUUCUCCUUUUAAAGUAAUAACCCAAUUUUAACACAGAAUGUCUUGAAGUAUUUGUUAUUUAGCUUCUUGUAUAGGUCUGAUUUAUCGGAACUACCUAGGUGUUUUGUAUGCAAUAAAAACAUUGAUUGUGUAUUA